ACACCGGACUUUACGCAAAACUGCUGAAAAACCACGUGGUUCUCCAUGUGCCGAUCGAUUAUUGCACAUGAUGAUUUAAUUGUAGAUAUCUAAAUUAAUUUGGGUCGGUCUGGUGCUACAGUCGUCAACUCGUACGACAACAUGCCCGUCAUGGGUUCAAGUCCCGAAUGGAACUGAAAGCCAAGAAGCCUACUAGUGGUACAGCUAGGUUGUUGGUUGUUGUGCCAAGGAAGAAGUUAGAAGAAGCUAAAUUUAUUCAACAUUUUGCCAUUUGUAUUUUCCUUAUAAACCAAAAUUUGAACGAUCAAUUAGCUGAAAUGUUUGCCCCAAUGGCACCCAACAAUUUUAUUUUGUAACCAAAGCGUCCGGGAUUAGGAACAUCGUCCUGCCUCUAAUCUAGUACACUUUGCGGUGAAGUUAUUGUCCAAUAUGGCGUUAUUGAAUAUUUUUUCUUCUUUCUAGAAUCGAAGCAAUCUAGCAAAACUUACUUCUCGGAUUGUACAAUAGUUUCGAGAGCGCUCAUACCAAAAGUUGUUGUGCGAAAUUUUACGUUAAAAUUGUUUUAAUUUUGAAUGUGUGGUUUUUGUUUGUUUGUUUGUUUGUUCAACGUGACUUUAAAUCCUUGAAGUAAAGCAACGCGUAGUGCAUCGGAAGAAGGACGGCUCUUAAGAUAAACAGCUGAAUUAGCAUAACAUGUCAGAAAAUGGUUUCACACAAAUCUUAACGAGUGGUUGUCUCUACUCGGACACGGAUUCAAUGGCGGAUGGUGUUCGUCGAUCACGUCGCCGCGCAUACCAACGACACGAAGAAGAGCACGAACCAACUUUAAUGGACGAGUCGAAGGAAUUCCCCCAGUAUGAGACAACUUCCGGGGGCGAUGUUCGACACAUGCUGGCUGAACGUGGAGGCGCCUGUAGACGAUUUGAAACAACCGUUACGUCCAAUGAUCGAGAUUGGAAUGUGCUGGAUCGGUACAACGACGAGCAGGACGACCGGCACGAUCGUGAACGGUGGCGAAUGGGCCAACCAUUCAAGCACGAGAGAAAUAGAUACGGUUCAUCGCGAAGUCCGGGCGUACCCGCUGUCCAGUUAAAGGUUGCCCACCAGGAGCCGAUCUCCAUUCGCCCAAGGAAUAAGAAUCCGCAGAUCGUGAACGUUUGUCAAACGUUUCGCUUCCCAGACAACUUUAUCACCCAAAACAACGCCACUCGAAUGGUGCAGCAUCAGGAUCGGGUGGUACAUCAGCAGCAUCCCGCACCGGAACCGCGUCGACCGCCAUUACUAUCGCCAUGUCACAGUACCAGCCACACACCGGUGGGUGGAUUUUUUAGCAUGUACAGACGCCACCGGAACAUGCACAGCCAGACAAGCCGAACGCUGAUCGAGCUAGUGGAGGCUGAGCAAAAGAUGCAGCAGCAGCAGCAAACGGUCAGAUCAACAAUGGGACCACGUGGCACGUCAAACUAUGGUGCGUCCUCGCACCGAUUGGCAGAAGAUUCUCUGCUGGCUUCUAGCGGUAGCGAAACAUCGUUGGACGAACUGAGCGAUGUCCGGCCAAGGUUGCUGCAGGGAGAACGAAAAGCAAAAAUACCUCCGAUGGUUCGGGAACAGCUGCGUGCAGCAAAUGGAGGCCGUACAUCGCAAGUUCCUUACUUUGACCGAACGAAGCGGAACCGAUCGUACACUAAGCUGGUUGAUGGUGGCGCUACGAUGGGUGGCCAUUACGGGCGAAGCACUAAACUACCGGCGUUGGGUGCAGUCGGCAAGUUCAGCAGAUAUCCCACGAAAUCGAAGGCGGACAAUCGUAGACCGACACUCGAAGAGGACGCACUGGAAUCACCGUUUGUCGAUGAUACGUUCGCGCCAACUGGAGGUCGAAGUAGAAAGUUACAUCUGGUCGACGACGCUCUCGAUGACGAAGAAGGGUUAGAUGAGGUCAAUGAUGAAUCAGACGUCGAGUCCAGCGACGAACAGCAGAACAAUGACCGUGACGAGUGUAACGGACAGCUGGAUCUUGACGAUGAAAACGAAGAAGACAAUGAUGAGGAGUCAGUUGGCGAUUCCUUCGGGCGGAGACUAGGACAUGGAACGGAAGCCGUUCGUGCUGGUACCGGUACGAAAGAGGGGCCGGUCAGCAUUUCCGGAAUUGUGGAUAAGCUCCAGGACAACGUGUGGGAGGUUUGCCUGGAGGGCAUCUGGGACCUAAUGGAUACCGCCAGUCGGAUCGAUUGGAAGGCUCAGGAAAAGUACAUCACCGUCAUCAACCGGAAGUUGAUCGAGUUUCUGAAAUCCCCACGAACGGCACUGUGCCGUUCGGCGUGCCAGGUGUCGGGCGAAUUGUUUCGGCAGGCCAAGUCGACGAAACGGCCAGAGUUUGAUGAAAUGGUCGACAUACUGCUGUGCAAGACGGCCGACCCGAAUCGCUUCAUACAGAAGGAUGCAAACGUGGCGCUAGACAAGCUGGUGACGUACAUCCCAACGCCACACACCGUGCGGGCGAUAUCGAACCGGGGCACCAUGUAAGUGGCUGUAGAGCGACCAGUGAUGCUUCCGGUUGUGUCUGUCCACCGCAAUCCACUGGUGCGUACGGCUACGGCCCGACUGCUUGUCUGUAUUUGCGUCGUGGCAGGACUCGAUGCCAUUCUGGG